UUAUAAACUAAGGUCAAUCAGAUACUGCUCUCCAUACUCCACCCCGGUAGGUGGCAGUGUGAAACUAAAGUUAAUAUUGCAGUCCGUCAAUAAAAACGUCGCCACGCUUUUUAAGUAGAGGUCACGUGACUCCUCUCAUUUUGGCUCGUUACGUCUUGCCGCGAUAUUUGCGCUGUGAAGGGUCGACACUUUGCGAGCUUCAAAAACAUGUCCACGGGUCCACAGAGCAGCUCAUACUAGUCGUGUUAAUCCCGGAGAAGAAGCGCACGUUCCGGGUCUCGGUUUAUCUUCCUGCAGGUUUACCCGGGUGAAAUUGGCGAACUUUUGUGGCACGAAGUAGAUCGCACGUUGUGUUGUUGGCAGCGGAGUGAUUCGUGUCUUCUCCCGCUGCCUCUCCAAGCGCGUCCGCGGACGUUAACGCUCGCACAGACGAUGGUUUUACUGAAAAACCUCCGGCCGCCCACCGAGGGAGUGCGGCAUGAGCAAGCCGAGACCUCUGUGGUGAUGGACGGCCACCAGGUGGGCUGCGGCACGCUGUACAUCGCAGAAACACGUCUGUCGUGGUUUGAUGGCUCUGGGAUGGGUUUCACUCUGGAGUACCCCACCAUCGGCCUGCACGCCAUCUCCAGGGAUGUCAGCGCUUACCCAGAGGAGCACCUGUACGUAAUGGUCAACGGCAAACUCGCAGCUGAAAAUGGGAGUGAAAUGGCAGAAAGAACGGCCAAUCGCGAAGACGACGACGGUAGCAGUGGUGAGAAUGAUGAUGAUGAUGAUGGGGCCAUCACAGAGGUCCGGUUUGUGCCCAGCGACAAAGUGGCAUUGGAGUCCAUGUUCUCAGCGAUGUGCGAGUGCCAGGCGCUGCAUCCAGACCCAGAGGAUGACGAUUCCGAUAACGACUUCGAAGGAGAAGAGUACGACGUGGAGGAAGCCGGUGAGGAAAAGCAUACAUUCUAGCACGGACACGCCGACAUCCCCACCUUCUACACCAGUGACGAGGGUCUGUCGGCACUCACACAGGAGGGCCACGCCACGCUGGAGAGGCUGGAGGGCAUGUUGGCCCAGUCGGUGGCUCAGCAGUACCACAUGGCCGGGGUCCGAACCGAAGAGCCCAGCGCCGAAUUCGAAGACGGUAUGGAGGUGGAGGCAGCAGAGAUGGAGGCCGGUCAGUUUGAGGACGCGGAUGUCGAGCACUGAUGGAAGGCGUCCCAGCGGCCAGUUGAAGUACUGAUGCAGUGUUGCAUCAUGGGAUUGGAGGAGAGUACAACAGCACUUCAUUCAACUCCUUAGCUCUUAACCCUACUUUCUUCUCAAACCAAUGUUUUCCCCCUUGUCCUUGAACGGUAUCUCAAUAGUCUUUUCUUGUAGCGUGCUACAUUUUCCUCUCGUUGUAUUUUGUUGUCUUUUUUUCUGCUCACGUUCAUAUCAAAGCAUAUGAAUAGAGUAUCCAGUGAAAGCUUAAAUCAGCUACUGUAGACCAUUAAUAUUCAGUCUGUUUUGUACUUAACGACCAAUUUGCUUUUCCUGCAGAUAAAAAACAUCUUUGUAUUAAACUGUCAAUAAAUGCAUAGCUUUUGUAGC